UCCUGUGUUUUUACAGGAGGGAAACUUCGCUAUAUCUAGCAGGCUACAGCGAGAAACUGUUUGGAGUUUGAUUCCCAUUCGGUUAAAAACUAUUGCGCGUUGGCAGGAGAAAAUACGGUGCUUUUUUAAAAUCUUAUUAAAGGUUCCGAUCCAUCAGUUUAAGGAGCUGCAAAAGGCAUGUCUGGUAUAGCGUUGAGUCGCCUCGCUCAAGAGCGAAAGGCUUGGCGGAAAGAUCAUCCAUUUGGUUUUGUAGCUGUGCCAACCAAAAACCCAGACGGAACGAUGAACCUGAUGAACUGGGAGUGUGCCAUCCCUGGAAAGAAAGGGACACCGUGGGAAGGCGGCUUGUUCAAACUGCGGAUGCUCUUUAAGGACGAUUAUCCGUCCUCCCCUCCAAAAUGUAAAUUUGAGCCGCCGCUCUUCCAUCCCAACGUAUAUCCAUCUGGCACGGUGUGUCUAUCCAUUUUAGAGGAGGACAAGGACUGGAGGCCAGCGAUUACAAUCAAGCAGAUCUUGCUAGGAAUCCAAGAACUCCUAAAUGAGCCAAACAUUCAGGAUCCUGCACAAGCGGAGGCGUACACGAUUUACUGCCAAAACAGAGUGGAAUAUGAAAAACGGGUCCGAGCACAAGCCAAAAAGUUUUCUCCAUAAGCCUGAAGAUUGUGCUGUGACGGAGCGAGUGUUUGACGGCGUCCCUGCAGUACUCCUUCGCCGCUCCUCUCAUUACCUUUAUCCACUUUCCACUAAUUUCCAUGCAGGUGUGAUGAAAACUGAAUGUGCCAUUGUCAUGUCCAGUGACACCCACCUAACCGAGCGCUCUAUCAGCUCAUAAUUUGACAUUUUGACGGUCUCUCUCUUAUGAAACAAUUAAAUAAAUAAGCAAGCGGGCGCCACGUCCCACCGAUUGAAGUGAUUCUGUGGCACAGGCAUGCGUUCCAGGAAUCCUGCGGUGCCACAGCUCUGCACCGUUUCCAUGUUUUCCUUCCUCUCGCACACUUGAAUCACAACCGGCUUGAUAAUUAGCUAAUGAGAUGAAAUCUAGUGUGUUUGAUCAAGGAAAACAAGACUACACUACACCUCACUCUGGCUUUUCUCCUCCUAAGGCCUGUCUCACGAAGCAUGAUUUAUCAGUUCGCUAUCUAAGCUUGGUUCGGUCUAACCCCGUGUGUCCUGCCUUGUCAUCGUAACCACACGCCUUAACCUUACACUGCGCCGCGCCACGCCUUCAAGUUCAAGAUCACGGAUUUAUAGACAGCUCUUGGACCACUCCUACCAAAUCCAGCUUGUCCAGGACUCUGGAAAUGGUGUCAACUUUGUUUCUUUGAAACUUUCUAAGGUUUUAUGCGAGGGUCACUUUGUAGGUCGGGGUUCCUUUUCCUGUUGGUUUGCAACGUAAGAUGAUUUGUGCAGAAUUAAAGUGUUAAUUUUCAGACCGUGUUCUGAUUUGCGUACUUGCAUUUCAGUCACCAGAUCCCUGACAGAACAUGAGGCCACUUUUGCGAGAAGAUGGAUAAAUCUAUUCACGAGCUAAUAAAUGUUCAGGUGUUGCAUUCAUUUCGUAUAUCGACUUGAUUUGUUUUCAGCACCGAGAUAGUAGGGAUGGAUGUUAUAGUGGUGGUGAUAUCCGCUAAGCUUCAGUCAGACUGCUAAAAUCAGUAUGUUCAGUGACUUCCUCUGUUCUCCCCCUUCUCCAUGUGUUGCUUGUGCAUCUGACCUACAUGCAGUUUGCAGAGGCUCUGCGUUUGCUCACAAGCUUGAAUACCAGAUAUUCAGUGUGUUUUUUCCAAGGAAAAAUUGGACUCUGGUAUUCUCACACACGCGCGUGCAUCCGACCAUCACAUCAGCAUGUGCCACAAAGUUGGAAGCGCACAAUGUCUUCGUAGCACGAGUGUUUCCCUUCACUGGAACCAAGAGACUCAAACCUGUUCCAGCAUGACAAUGCCCCUGUGCACGAAGCGCUCCAUGAAGACAUGCUGUGUUAAGGUUGUAGCAGAAGAACUCGUGUCCUGCACAGAGCCCUGACUGAACUCAACCCCAUUUAACACCUUUUGGGACGAACUGAAACACCGACCGCACCCCAGACCUCCUCCCACAUCAUUAAUGCUCAUGUAGCUGAAUGAGAACACAUUCCCACAGCUAUGCUUCAAAAUCCUAGUGGAAAGCCUUCGCAGAAGAUUGGCGGUACAGCAAAAGGGGAACGAACGGUGCUAUAAUGGAGAGGGAUGUUCAGUACUAGGGUGUCCAAAUACUUGGCCAACGUGUAUGAAAGGUUUGGCUGGAGUUGCUAGAGGUAGACGUCAAGGCUCACACACCUUCAUGAACCCUCACCGUUAUUAGACCGGACGGCCUCUUCCUGUGGACCGUCUCUUGUCCUGUUCAGGACACGGUGUUCUUGUUUGCUCAACAUUACACGUUUUAAUUUAGACUCACGAAUUAAUUAUAAGUCAUUUUCUGCCACACCUCAUCCUUGGCAGUAGCGAAGAUAUUUAUAAACAUUUGAUUAUAAUCACAUUUUCUUGUUCUGUAAAAUAUGGUGCCUGAGACUUUUCCAUGCUUCCCACAAUCGACUGGUGAGCACGUAUAACCAGCGAUCAUGUAAACCUGGAUCAACAGACCACACCGUGUGUGUGAGGAGAGUAAACGGAGUGCGUUAAUAGCACAUUUAUACCAUACGCUGUAUAUUAGCCGGUCUCUGAGAUUAGAACCCAGUUCAUGUAAAACCUGCUUCCUGAGACAUCGCCCUGGUCAGAAGCUGAUGAGCGCUGAGGGAUGUCUUGCUACAGAGCUUCAGAUAAAAACGAAAGCACUGAAAACGAUCAUGUAACAUAAUGAUUAAACCAGAAGGUAAUUUUGUUGUGCUUCUGUUUUUAUUUUUGUUCUUUCAAACUGGCCUCAUUUAUUCUCUUCAACGAUUUUAAUGAUGUAAGACACGCCGUUCCUUAAACGUCAGUAUUCCAACUGCUCGAAAACGAUGCUUUUAUACUUUCAUGAAUUUUUUUUUUUUUUAUUUUAUUUUUUUUAAUUAGUGUGUCUUUAUUACUUUCCAUUCCUGCUGUGGGCAGUGUAGACAGCAUGUUGUAAUGUACAGUAUGAUAGAUUUUUGCUGCCUUGGCCAACUUAUAUAAAUAAAUAAAUGAAUGAAUGAAUAAAUAAAAGAAGGAAAAAAGCCCACAGAGUAAAAUCUGAAAGAUAUACAGCGAUCUGUGUUGGUGUUUUUGUUCUUGUAAGUGUUUAGAGUAAAUAAAAUGUUUCUACAUUACCAAA